CAGACAGUGUUUGGGAAUUUUUUAUAAUGUCACAGACAGUGAGUCACUGACAGUGUUUGUGUGUGUCUAAGAGAGAGAGAGAUGGCAUCGUUUUGUGCUGCAAGGACUUUCAACAUUCCGGCGAUGAACGCCGGCGUUCUUCGCCGCCGGGCAUCGUGGGCCGCCGGAAUAGUCGGAGCCUCGGUGGCCGGCGCUGCACUUUUGCGCUCUUGUUCGUCUAAGCGCUCUGCGCCAUUCGCUUGCAUGAGCCUCUCUACUGAUACCGGUUUAAAGGAAGCUGUUCAAACUGAAAAGGCCCCAGCGGCAUUGGGGCCAUACUCUCAAGCAAUCAAAGCCAACAACCUUCUGUUUGUGUCAGGUGUUCUUGGCCUUAUUCCUGAGACAGGGAAGUUCAUCUCUGAUAAUGUUGAAGAUCAGACAGAGCAGGUUCUCAAAAAUAUGGGAGAGAUCCUAAAAUCUGGGGGUGCCAGCUAUUCAUCAGUUGUUAAGACAACUAUUUUGUUGGCUGACUUGAAGGACUUCAAGAAAGUUAAUGAGAUCUAUGCUAAAUACUUCCCUUCACCUCCCCCGGCUCGGUCAACCUAUCAAGUAGCUGGCUUGCCAAUGGAUGCCAAGAUUGAAAUUGAGUGCAUAGCCGCACUUUGAGCACCAUUCUAAUAGUAUAUAUGAGUCUUCAACAAACUCAGGUAAAUAAUACGGGAGGGACAUAUCCAACCAAAUUGGAUUGUUUGUAUCUUGUUGGAUGAUGAUGCUCAUGUCCUUACAAAGCGAACCCACUGGAAAGGACUCCAAUUCCCAUAUUCUCUCAUAAGAUUUUGUUUCCAUUAAAUCUGAAAGAAAUUAUGAGAAAGGUUUGCAGCUUUUUGUAAUGCCGUUUCACUUUAUCAUGGACCAUGUUUGGAUGUCAACUCUCCAAUAAAACCAUUUCUACUACAUGUUUCAAUGUAAAUUCUCUUGCUCACUGCAUAAA